AUGGGGCAGGUCACAUACUGGUUGAAGGUGGGCAAGUUGUUCUUUCACAGCGAUGUGCCCAGGGGUCCCACAACUGUCUUUAACAAACACUGCCAGUCCCCUCCUUUCCUCUCACCGCUGUCUCUCGUCUUGUCCGCCCGCAGCAGCUGGAAGCCGGGCAGUCUACUCACAGAGGGAGUACCGGGCAGUGUCGGGAGACUGCGUUUUGGGUCCUCCUUUCCCCACAUCCCCACGGUCUGCCUGGCGGACCGUGACAGAAUGAUCCCGCCAACCACCAUGGACCCAGCAGACUCAGGAGUUGCCACGGAGGAGAGAUCGCUCUCGCAGCUAUGGGAUUACUGCCGGAGCGUAAUCCAGGCUGUAGACCCACACAAGAGACAUAUACAGGUAGUGUUCUUUGACAAUUAUCUCACAUCCACUACCUUUACCAUGAACUUUUUGGACAUUACCAAACUCAAGCCAUUGGUCGCUAGUGUAAGGGAGAGCUCUAGUUUUGAAUUAUUCGGCUUGGGUGGCCCGAGCGAGGAAGGUUCGGCUGCUCUCCUAGAGGCUCUAGCCGCUUGGUUUUUCGCGCAUCGGCGGAGGGCUUUCCCGUCGAUGCUUGCGGCACAAUUGUUUGAUCCUCCAUUGCAGAAGGGAUGUCGCCCUCGCCAUCAUCACCCCAUUACACCUCAACCCACUCCUGCGGUUUCAGCCCGGUCAGCUGAUGAACAACAGAGGAGGGUUUCCAUACACCCAGCUCCGCCUUCACGGAGGAGACGGCGUCCUCGCAAGCAGCGUUCAGCCCCAUCUACACUCACUCCUGUGCUUGUUGAAGACGCGGGACCAGCGGCUCUGGACGCCACAGUGAGUAAAAUGGACUCUGCCGGUGUUGUAAUUUCCCUCCCUGUGAACAUGGAAAUAGAGACUAUAGCCGCUACGGCAAUUAACCAUAGAGAAACUGUUCGCUUUACCUCCAAAAACUCAGAAAAUGUUCUCUCUGAGACUGUGAGCCUGGAGCUAGGGAGCUCAGAGCAUGCAGACCCAGAUGACUUUCUGGCCCUGUCUGGCCACAUGGAGACGGAGGUUCUCUCCAGGGCUUCCCCAGAGGCCGAACUGGAGGCCUCAGUUGCCUCUGGACCCCUGGAAUUUGUUGAGCCAGCUGCAACAUUUUCUUCCUCACCACCCUUCAUGAUAGCUACAUUACCCUCAACUCAGCCUGCUGCCCAGCUUCUGCACCGCUGCCGGAGGAGCUCGGCGAGCCGGAGGAGCCAGCUCAGCGAGCCCGAGCUGGAGCUCAGCGAGCGGGAGAAGCCUGCGACGCCUGAUGAGGAGCUCGGCGAGCCGCAGCAGGAGCUCGGCGAGCGGGAGAGGCCUGCGACGCCUGAUGAGGAGCUCGGCGAGCCGCAGCAGGAGCUCGGCGAGCGGGAGAGGCCUGCGACGCCUGAUGAGGAGCUCGGCGAGCCGCAGCAGGAGCUCGGCGAGCGGGAGAGGCCUGCGACGCCUGAUGAGGAGCUCGGCGAGCCGCAGCAGGAGCUCGGCGAGCGGGAGAGGCCUGCGACGCCUGAUGAGGAGCUCGGCGAGCCGCAGCAGGAGCUCGGCGAGCAGGAGGAGCUCGGCGAGCCGCAGCAGGAGCUCGGCGAGCAGGAGGAGCUCAGCGAGCCGCGGCAGGAGCUCGGCGAGCGGGAGGGGCCUGCGACGCCUGAUGAGGAGCUCGACGAGCCCGCGCCACAGCCGGAGGUGCCGCUCAGAAAGGAGCAGCUCAGCGAGGAACAGCUCGGCGAGCGGAAGGAGCCCGCACCGCCUGAUGAGGAACUCGGCGAGCAUGAGGAGCGCCCAUCAUCGAGAGAGGAGCUCGGCAGGCCAGAGGAGCUCGGCAGGCCGGAGGAGCACGCACCGCCAUCAGAGGUCGGCGUGAAUGAGGGACCCACUCAGACAGAGCCGGAGGUCAGCGUGUCGGAGGGACCUGAUCUGCCUAAGCAAGGGGUCAGGGUGCAGGAGGCAUCUCCACGUUCAGCGCGCCCUCCACGCCGUCCACGUUCAGCGCGCCCUCCACGCCGUCCACGUUCAGCGCGCCCUCCACGCCGUCCACGUUCAGCGCGCCCUCCACGCCGUCCACGUUCAGCGCGCCCUCCACGCCGUCCACGUUCAGCGCGCCCUCCACGCCGUCCACGUUCAGCGCGCCCUCCACGCCGUCCACGUUCAGCGCGCCCUCCACGCCGUCCACGUUCAGCUCAUCGGGGAUCAUGGGCCAUUCUACUCUGUCGCUCACUGGAGCUACACCAUCGCAGCAGGCCGCCAGAGCUACGCCGACGCCACUGGACCCGUGGCAGGCCCCCUGAACAGUUUUGUCGCUGCUGCCGGGCCCAUGGCUGUCCGCCGGAGACCCAGCGUUCCCUCCAGUGGACUAGAGGCAGGGUGUGUAUGUGUGUGGUCUGCGGGUGUGGCUGGAGGAUAGAGGACAGCCGCAUGCAGGCCUGAUGGGUGUGGCCCUGCAGGAGGACUGGCCACACCUGAAGUUCCUGCCACACACCUGUUGGUGAUCAGUGCUCGUCGGGGGAGCUACUUAGGAGAGUGGAGCUUCCACCGGCGCGGGAUCAUUGAGUUAGCAUAUCGAGAGGAAGAGUGGUCCAGAGAGGCAGCACGCACGGGGGUGCGGAAACACAACCGCGGGGAGCACGAGCACAGACAUCGGAGGGAAGCACGCACACGGGUUCAAGGGAGCAACGGGGAGUCAUUGUGUUUACAGUUUUUCACUGUAAAUAAAGAGCACUGUUUGCAUCGCAGAGACUGCGUUUUGGGUCCUCCUUUCCCCACAUCCCCACGGUCUGCCUGGCGGACCGUGACAAGUGAUUAAAAAAUAAAACAGAAACACAUACCCCAGCAGACAAGGUCUCACAGCUGCAAAGAGAGUAUGAACAGGUAUAGUAAACACAAACAUGUCACUUUUAACAGGUAUGGCCCGGUAUUUUUGUAUUAAAGUUGUUUUUAGUAAAUUACUGUAAGUUAGUAAGCACAAGAGUCUAACAGCAUAUAGUUAGAAUAUUGAACUUCCAUAUAACAAAGUGAGCUGUAUUAAAAAUUGUUAACAUACAAAAAAGGAAAGCUUUCAAUUGUCAUGUUUUCCAUUGGUAUGAAUUUUCAGUUGGUGUUGUGUGAAAAAUAUGUUUUAAUAUAUAAAUAUAUAUUAAAACAUAUUAAACAGCCGUGUAUGUGAACACACAGUAAGAGCUACAACAUACAGAAUAAAGGACCAUUAGUAAAGCAAACAGUGUGUUACCUUUAACCUUUUGCCUUAAUCACAAAUUAAUUAUCUUUACCUUACAUAACAUAUAACAGUGGAACUUGUAAAUCGUUGCAUCGCUGCCUUAACAUGACGAGUAAUACGUUA